CGUCGCGGGCCACGCAGCCAAUAUGCGUCCCAGUUUCUGCUGUUUCGUGUCGGUCAUAGUAAUCGUGAGUUGCUGAGUGUCCAAUGUCCAACCCAACACAUCCAAACGACGAAAUCGGUGAUCUUUCCUUGCGACAACAACGGGCGGUCUGCUGGGCCCCUCUCUCCCAGCAGACGAAAGUGAUCCGUAGCGAGAGAACGCACCGCGCGCAAACAUCGGCGACCAUCAGCGAAAAAUCUCCCUUCAAUCAACACGCCAUCAUCAACGUAGUAUCGCACGAAAAACGGAGAACCAGCAAACGCCCCGUCGCCCACAAUAGUCUGGCAAUCAACAGGUAACGGCACCGCUGUACUUUCGUCUGGUGGGGACACCACUUGAACAUACUGCACAGCCGCAGCCCCGGCGGGAGAGACGGACGCGUCUUGAAAUGUAGUGUGUGUGUGUGAGUGUUCCAAAGCGGACGAGAACAAGGACCAAAACCCUGGGCUCGACCGCCAUCCAAAUUGACACCGUAGGUCAACAACCGCGUGAUCUCCGAUCGUGUACCCAUAAACCGAUGCCCGAGACGGAUCCACGGGGAUUUGCCGGAAGGCCUCUUUCACAUCAAUGCGGCAGAUCAGAAUUUCCAACGACACCCCGUGUACUUGUCGCAAAUACAGCACCCGCUUUAGAAUGUCGCUCAACACAUGACCGAGAGGCAUUCAGGUGCUUGAUCAAAGUCUGUAUCGUGGUUUACGCUCGUACGGAUGGGCACGCCAGAGGUGAAAGUGAGAUCGUGAAUAAUUCUGAACUUCGGUUCGUCGAUGACACUUGACAAAUCUCGGCGCUUGACGUGCUCAAACCUGCAUUUGCCGCCGAAAGAGCACGUGCCAGAGUCGGGGAACUGGAAACACUCCCUUGAGACACGCUUCCGUGACGAUGAAUCACCCCGAUCCAGUUGGCCCGCCUUACGCUUGCCGCUCCCGCCCCGCGACUCUCCUGUUCCGGGGAGGGAUCCUCCGUCACUCAGGACCAGCCGGAAUUCACCCCCCGUUCACAGAAGUUGUUGAUGUUGGGGAACUCGGGCACCGGCGGCAAGGUGUGGCCGUCGAACGCAUCUGGCGGAUAAUGCAUCUUCGUGAAGGGGUACAUCCAGGUGAUGAUCGCCGUUGUCCACAGUUUGAAAUCCUCGUUCGGCAACCUUGGCAGUGCCGCCCGCUGGUACUCGUCCGGAAACACAUCACUAUUCCGCACGAGAGUAUUCCGAAACCUGGAGCGUGCGUCCGCCAUGGCUGUGGCUAUGGGUUCCAACCGCCGCAACGAUUGCACACCACCCGCGGUCGUGGACGAAUCUAGACCAAACUUCAACAGUCGCCUCACCGCCUCACACACGUCGAAGUUGUCUGCAAUAGGCGACGUGCGGGCAACCCCCACGGGCCGGAAGCACUUGACGUCGAAAGACGAGAACGCACGCAUCUGGGCGAGGACGUCGCCCGUGACGUGAAAGAUAUCGCCCAUCAAACCCUGCAGGUGCUCCUUCUGUGGCCCGGACUCCGGCUCCCGCUGCCCCCGAAGUACCCAGAGUGUCUGAUUAUAUUUGGCCUGCCAAAUGGUGGCCUCCCUCCUCGCCUCCUCUUUGGCGUUGGACCUCG